CGCACCAUACAUGUGGGUUGAAAGAUCCUGCUCCAUCAGAUCUGGGUUAACCUGCUUAAAUUUUUUAAACAUUUUCAACAAAAAUCACAAUCAUCUUCGAAUUCCGCAAUAAAAUAUAGGGAAGCAUGCAAAUAUUUAAGUUUGUACACUAAGUACAACUGCCUCUAAGUAGCCAUUUUAAAAUUCCUAGUUGAUAAUUCAAAUAUGCCACUCAUUUUUCUCAAUGUUUUUUUUGUUUUCUCUUUGAAAAUUUAAUGAUGUUAACCUGGAUCCAAAAAUUAUUUGUAUCUAUUGUCAUAUCUUGCUACCAACCUUUACCUUACAUGUCUCUUCUGGAACUUUGAUAAGCAGUACUCGUUAUUUGUAACGUUUUUAUAAGAAACAUGGAGAAAGUAAAAUAAUAAAAAAAGUAUGCCUGUCAUCUUGAGGAAAGGGGGUCACAAACAGAAACUAACAACAAGGAUAGCUAGCUAUAUUUCUUUUUUAAAUGCUUGCUUUCUAAAUAACUACUUUUUAUGCUUUUGAUUUUUAAGGUGCUAUAUAUACAAACAAGUUGUCGUGACAAUGUUAUUAUUGUGUAUUUAGAACAAUAGACCUAAGAAGAGAAAUUGAGCAGUCAGUGAAAGCCACUAAAUUCAGGAUCAUACCUCGAUUGACAUAAGAAAAUUGAAACGGAGUCUUUGCUCAGUUCUGCACAUAAUUGGACAAAAAAAAAUCAUUAGCUAUUAACUUUAAUUUUUAGAUUUUAAGAAGUAAGAAUGCGAAAUGGAACUGGAAUUGGUUUCCUAUCUAGCAAAAAGAAAAAUUGUUAAACACAGGAUUCUGCAAUCACAGUAUUUGUCACAAUGGUGCCCUGUAAUCAGGCUUGAAGUGAAAGUUCUUUAAUUUCUGUUUCUUUUCAAUGCAAUACCAUUCUUUAAAUAUUUUAAAGCUAAAAGGAUUUUUUGUUUUCUUUUGAAAAAAAACAGGAAAUAAAUUUCAUGGUAAGAUAGUGAAAUGGAUAAAGUUGGCUGAAAAGGGUAAUAUAUGAUCCAGAUCAAACACUCAUUACCUGUCAGAAUUUGCAUGUAUACAAUAUGGAAGCGUGCAUUUUACAUUGGAUUGUUGUGUUAUCGUUUCUUUUGUGUUGGCUUAUUGUGUUUCAUUUUUGUAGAGGGGAUUACAGUCUCAAGUAUGUACAAAUUGAGAAACAGUUAUGUGAGCUUCUAUCAUUAAAAGCACUUUAAAUUACUUGUGGGCACUAAGAAUUGUUUCUUCUUGUCCUAGUAUUUUUUUCUGCGAGUGGGAAAAUAAAGAUUUGUUUAACAUUACGCAUUUAUAUUCGUAGAUACUAAAAGUAGGAACCAGCAGUAACCAACAGUAAUCACCAGUAUUAUGAAGUAACCACCAGAGAACCAGCUGUUUUUUUUGAAGUAACCACAAGAGAACCAGCUGUUUUUGAAGUAACCACAAGAGAACCAGCAGUUAUUAUUAAUUUACUCCAGAUAAGGCAGCAACAGCAGCACAAAGUUGUUGUGAUUUUUAUGCACAACACUUCAUGACCUUAAAACUACCAAAUAUGAUAAAUAAAAGGCACUUAGUCCCAAAGGCUUUUUCUGAUACUUUCUGAUGCUCUUGCUAACUAGCUACUUUUCAGUUGUUUUAACGAGGUCCAAUAAAUGGAUUUAUUUCGCCUAAAGGCAAUAAUGGAAACAAGUAAAACAGAACGAAAAUAGUGUUUUCAGGAUUAAAGUUCAUUCUUUGAAAUAAAAUAUAACACGUUUCAAAAAAAAAACGUUUAUAUCGAAAGCAUAAUUUUUUCACUUGAACAGAAACCAUGUGAGAAAAAAACCCGUAUAUUUUCUGCCGGAUGCCAAGAUGUUUCUCCACAACAUUUAUUAAUUCAUUCGAACUUUACUUUGUCUACCAAAAGAAAAAAUGUCUUGUUUUGGACUCUCCUCCAUAUAGCGUUAUAUCUGGUUUACAAUACACGAAUUGCAAAAUGAAAAUCUGUCAGUGAAAUACAUAAUUUGAUAUCAAAUAUCUCAAGAACGGAUAAAGAUUUUUCAAAAAAAUAAAAAGAUUUCUUGACAACCUUCAAAGAUGUUUUAUUUGAGCUCAACUUGAUUUUUAGCGGGAGGUAACCUUUAAGCAGAAUAAUUUUUGUAGGAAGCGUUGAAGGAAAUGUUUAUUCGCUGCGAAAAAUAAACUAAAAUUUGAUAUGGAUUCCACAACAGUGGAUACAAUGGCAGUAGAGGUAUCUCACGCUCAAUGACUUCAAACCGUGUGGUUUAUUAUUAUAUUCAAUUCAUUCGAACUUUAACUAUGUCUACCAAAAGAAAAAAAUGUCUCGUUUUGGACUCUCCUGUAUAUAGUGUUUUUGGUAUAUUUGGUUUACAAUUCAGAUAUUAGUCUUUAUUUAAAAUAUUAAUUUUAUUUAUGUUAAUUCUCGCGUGUGGUUUUUAACGCCUUCUGUCUCAACUGUUGCAUAAAGCCCGAUUCACACUAAGACAUAAACAUUUCAGAAAAAUGGGUCAUGAACUGUUGUGUACAUUAUAAAAUGAUUCACAUUCAAAGCGGUAGAUGCAUUUAUUCCGUUUUAUGUAUUUAACUGGUCGUCCUCUUGUGGUCACAUAAAAAAACUGCUGGUUCUCGGUUGGUUACUUCAAAGUACUGGUGGUUCUCUGGUGGUUACUUCAAAAUACUGCUGGUUACUGCUGGUUCCUACUUUUAGGAAAAGCCAUAUAUGUUAUUGCUUUUUUUAAUGUAUAUAAUUUUUUUUAUUAAAAAUGAGUUUUUUUCUUUUAAAAAAGAAAAUCUUUACUGUUUUCAUAUAAAGCUCUAUGUAGCUAAAAAGUAAAAAUCAAAUGUCUACAAACAUACUUUAUAGCUUCAGCUUAAUUUUAAGGAACUGUGUUAUUAAACUUUGUAAAGUCAUUAAGUAACUUUAGCAACCUUUUUAGAAACCAAUGACAUCCGGCAUCAGUAACUAGGAAACACCACAGACUAAAGUUAGUCACCAGACAAAACAGGGCAACAACCAGUCAACUUUAAAACCUAUUAUAGUUAAUGGUGCCUGAUAAAUAUACAGAAAGAGGAUAGAUAGCAGAUCUCUAAUGUAACAGUACAGUCCAUAUACACAAAGUGUCAAUUAUAAACUCAAAUAUCUUCUUAGCUGUCUUCUGUCUGCAACAAGACAACUAAAUAAUUGCAUCUGCAAAGACCUUCAUUAAAAGUUUGACCACUGUAUUGUACUAAUGCUUUAUUUCUCUUGCGAGAUGAGUAUUGUAAAGUUAGCUAUUUUUGGGUUAAUCAUAUGUAUAAAUAAAAGAGAGACGAAUAUACACAUUUAAGUUAUUUCUAGGUUAAUCAUAUUAUAAUUGAAGGAGAGAUGACUAUACACUUUUAAUAUAGCUGGUAUGGUCACCUUUGGCAAUGCGAUGCUUUGUUAGAAAUAUUAUCAGUUAUUUUAUUACUUUUACAAUAUUGAUUUUGACUAUCCUUUGGUACUUUUACAGUAGGAAGGAAAGACAUUCAGUAUCAGUCGAGAAUUCUGGACAUUUCAGUGCUAGUGUUAAAUUUCAACAACUUCCUGAAAGUAAAGAUGGUAGAUACAAAAUAUGGCAUAAUGUAUGGAAACCAAAUCCUAGCAACCUUAAUGUAAAUAUUGCAAUAGCCACACAGUGCUCAAGAAAUAACUUGCAACAUGUGAAACGACUUGUAAACUACUGGAGUGGUCCAAUAUCCAUAGCUGUACUUGUGUCUGGCAAUGAAAUUGAUGAUUACCUAAGUGAGCUGAAUCUUUUGGUCCAGUGUCGAACCACUAUUGCAUCUCAAGUGGCGUUUCAUGUUGUUAUUCCUUUAUCACAUCCACCAUUUCAAUCUAAUCUGGUAAUUAAAAAAGAAGACAAACUAACAUGUUCACAGUUUAAUGUGGCACAUAAAGAUAAUGCAAAAAAUUAUGAUUUUGUUCAGAUAUCUUAUCCUGGAAACCUUCUCCGUAAUGUGGCACUACAAAAUAUCAUCACAUCACAUGUGCUCGUCAUUGAUGUUGACAUGCUACCCAGUCCGAACUUAAGAGAACAGUUACUGUCAUCUUCAUUGUUAGAAAGUGACAACAUAGCUAUUGUGAUUCCCUCUUUUGAAGUCAACAGUGAAAAGACUAUUCCAGUAGAUAAAACAGAACUAAUACAUUAUUGGACUCAAGGUUAUAUUCGUCCAUUUUAUAAAAGUGUAUGUUGGAAGUGUCAAAAAUAUACUGACUAUGAUCAAUGGAAAAGUAUUGGACGAAGUUACCAAGUGAGUUGGCAUGAUCCUUGGGAACCGUUUUACAUUGGUCGGAAAAAACGUAUUAAAUAUGACGAACGAUUUGAACAGUAUGGUUUUAACCGCAUCAGUCAACUUUGUGAAAUGCACAUGAGUGGGUCGAGCUUCCAUGUUUUUCAUAAUGGCUACCUGCUUCAUAUGGGUUUUAAGGAGAAGAAUACAUUUCACUCGAGGAAAGACGAAGAAAACGAAAGGAACAAAAUUAUUUAUCGUAAAUUAAAAUCUGAAAUGCUGAUUAAGUAUCCACGUAGCGGCAGAUAUUGUUGAGAAUGUAUUAUCGUAACAAAGGGGAUGAUAUGUGGACGAUUGCUAGAAGUGAUUGAAAAUCGAUAGACGGAAGAAGUAGCUUAAAGGUCUUAAUAAUUGCCACCCCAAUGUUGUUAAUGUCUUAGUUUUGAAUUUGCAGUUUUCGACCAUUUUUUGUGAUUUUAUAAUUUUGCGAAUUUAUUGAUAAAACUUUGCACCGAA